AUGUGCACGUCUUCCGAGUGUUAUGUUCCAUUUUUCAAUAUUUGGUGGUAUUUUUAUGGGGUGUUCGGAUUGAGUUUUCAGAUUAUUCUAGUUAUUUUGAUACUUCGAAAACUUCCAGUUUCUAUCAGAAAUCUGAAAUUUUAUCUGAUAAACACUGCCUGUAUUCAAAUUGCUCUAGUCAUUUUUUCCUUCACAACUCAACACAGAUUCCUGACGAAUAGUACAACGUUGGCUAUUCUUCCUGCUGGACCCUGUCGAUAUUUCAGACCAGAGGUCUGUUUUGCGAAUUAUCAUAUUGCAAUGGCUUGUGGGUUGGCAGCUGGAUUAGCUAUUUUAAUCACUGUUAUAAUUCCAUUUACCGCUCCAUGGGAUUUCCAUAAAGUCCAACUGGCUACAGCACACGAUCACCCUACCUAUAACUUGACUCCAUAUUUACCAUUCCCAGGAUUUUCUGACGUCAAAAGUUUUGAAUUCAUCUCAGCAACACUUGUUAUAAGUCUUGGUGGCUAUGGAAUCCCGUUGGGUUGUUUGAUUCUCACGACAAAGGGACUUACAAUAAUCAGAAAGCAUCAACAUAUGGCAGAUAAAACAAAGGAACAAGCAAGAAAACUGAUUCAUGGAUUAAUAGUUCAAUCUAUUCUACCAGUUAUUGCAUAUGUUCCAAUGGUUUCAAGUUAUAUUUACACUCAAACAACUGGUCAGGAAGUCCUUAUUUCAGAGCACCUAACCCUUGUCACCAACGCGUUACCGGGUCUUAUUGAUCCUUUGAUUUCUUGUUAUUUUAUUAUUCCAUUUCGACAUGCCGUUUUAGAUUUUUUAUGCAAAAAUCGAAGAGCACGAGAUAUUGUUGCCAUAACAAAUCACUCAAGUUCUGCUCCAACAUAA